CUGGUGUGUCCCUCCACACUGGCCCGGUUUUAGACCCAGUGUGUGUUGAAGGCACAUGGUAUCGGGCCUUCAGCACUUCUUCUGUGUGUUCCACCUUUUCAGACAUUGGACUAGGAAGUGAUUCUGUGUGUGCUCGGCCUUCGUCCCAUCGGAUAAAGUCUUUUGAUUCCCUGGGAUCCCAGUCUUCACACAGUAGGACUUCAAAAUUGCUUCAGAGCCAGUACCGAAGCUUGGACAUGACUGAUAACACCAACAGCCAACUCGUAGUACGAGCCAAGUUUAACUUCCAGCAGACCAAUGAAGAUGAACUCUCCUUCUCAAAGGGUGACGUCAUCCAUGUCACACGAGUGGAGGAAGGAGGCUGGUGGGAGGGCACACACAAUGGCAGGACCGGCUGGUUCCCCAGCAACUACGUUCGAGAGAUCAAGCCAAGUGAGAAGCCUGUGUCACCCAAAUCAGGGACCUUGAAGAGCCCUCCCAAAGGGUUCGAUACGACUGCCAUCAACAAGAGCUAUUACAACGUGGUGAGUAACUGCAGACAGCGUCUCACGUGUCCUAGAACAGGAAGGCGUGUUCUGCACAGACAGGACUGCAGUCUUGUCACAGUCAGGUGCUGUGGCUAUUGAGUGUUUAAAAGUAAGUCUUAAAAAGGUGAAGUGCAUGACUUCAAAUCCUUACAUACUUCAGGUGCCAGUGGGCCUAGUUGGAGUAGAUUAGAUAUCCUUUAGUUUUAUAUGUUCUGGUUGGUUUUGUUUUUUUGCUCUUGUCUUUCUUGAGAUCACUGUAUCUGUAUCAGUGUCCAUGGAGUUAGAGGCAUUACUUAGACCAGUGCUUCUCAAUUUGUGAGCUGUUAUUCUUUCAC